UGGUCCCGGCCAUGGCCAAACCCUUAUUUUCAAAAUUACCAUCGAUGUUAUGAAAGCCAAUAAAGAAAACUAUUGUCAAUAAAAAACUAUUUCAAGCGUUGGUGAUGACACCCUUAAAACAGGACAAACAUGAAUUAUGGUGGAUUGAGGAGGACGCUCUCUUUCAAGCAUGUGGACUUAUCGUGGCUGCCGCGCAUAUUGGCAAGACUGUGUUUAUAACAUGGAACGAGAAUUAUUUGCUAAACUACCGAUUCAAGAGGACGAAAGAUAACUCCAAAGUAAAAAUUACUUCCGUUCGAAUUCCACUGCCCAAUAAGGGAGGAAGCUACCUUAAGAGCGUGCAUGCUCUAAGGUAUAAUACCAUCCUGCUUAUGUCAAAUGGAGAGGUAUACUGUUUCGUCUCAUUUAAAGCUGUGCAUUUAAUAAAAUGGCUCAGUGAAGUCCGCUGCUUGGCGAUUGUGGGCCAAGGAUUUAGCGUGAUUCGAAGGCAGGAGCAACGCAUGCUAUUGCAGACAUAUCUUGAUAUUCCUGGAAUAGAGAACGGCGAGAGCACGCUGCAACACACAUUCGACAUUACUUACUACGCAGAAAACAUAUUUCAGUGCGACUGGAACGACGAUAAGUACACUUUAACAUCUUUAAAGGUAUCCGAAAAUGAAGAACAUUUCGUGCAGAGCCUGCUUGGGACCAACGCGAUCAAAUACAACUACAUUCACAUUUUUAGCAUAAAUGGACAUGUGUUUGCAAUGGCUCAUAGACUUAGUGGGGUCUCCGAAACAGUCGGUCAAGACUAUCACAUUGAGCUCAUAUGCGUAUACGCUACAAAUGUAAGGUUCAUCCAAAUUUUGCCAAAUGAAAACCUCUGCUUAGUGUUUCUUGACAGUGGCAGUGUGGGCAUGUGGUAUGUGUCCAGUGUCCUUAAAAUCAAACAAAGUCAAAUUCAUCAGACUGGUUCUCAAUGGCUUGACUACGACACAAGCGACAAUGGCGACAUCUACUACACGGACGGCAAGCAGCUAGUGCGGCUAAGAUUCAAGUACAACAUUCAGAUUGACGAGUGCAUUGUCCACACCUUGAGAAUGGCAGUUCCCGGCGUCCAGGUCUGCAGUUGGCUAUACCACAGAGAAGAAUUGGUUUGCCUGAGCGACAACAACAUAUUUUACUGCAUAGCCUUAUCCGAAGAGAAAGCAGCUGGUCGGUUCUCAAGGACGGACUUAAUUCCUGCAGCCAUUGAUCCGCUGCAGUACAACGCCACUGCCUUGCAUUUAUCUAAAAUGCAGCCAGCUCUGCUGCAGAAAAACUUUCAGAUGGAGUAUAAAAAGCAGCAGCUCGUUUCUGUGAGUAAAAACAUUCACAGAUUCAGUUUGGCCUUUAAGAUGUACAUGGAAUACCAUUGUCACGUUCCUAGCUGUGACGGGGAUGUCGUACAUCUGCAGCCCACUCAGAGUCAAGGUCUUCACGCAGAUUGUAUAUUUGCAGUGUUAAAUGUUAUACUUGUCGACAGCCAGCCCCUCUUCAGCAGUUCGUAUUGGAAACUUUUGACAUUUUUUGAUCACCAUGUCCACGUCUACCUGCUGCCCACAGAAAUACUUGUGAAGAAAAAAUGUCGCAUGGUGAUUCCAAUUAGAAAACGGAAAAACCAACUUCUUCCUCGAUUCAAAUUGCAGCUUGUGGGAUUUAUUGAGGUUGAUAGCCAAAUAAAUGCUGUGUUUUUUCCAAUAUCAGCAGAGAAAUGCGAAUCGACUUACCGUGCUGUUUUUAGUGUAAGCCCAGCGGUAAGAAACCUUAGACCGAAUGAUCUACCGUCGUGUAAAAAACUAUGUGGACCGACAAUUAGACAGGAUAUUAGGCUAGCAAGUCAUUUGACUCUAUCUCGCAUAUCAGCUUUAUUUCGCGUUGCUGACUGCGUUACCCAUAACUUUUUAGAAUUGUACUUCGUAGACGAAAAGCUUACUUUUCGAGGCACUACAAAUGUAGGGGAAAUCGAUUUAACAGGGAUACUGGAAAGCGAAGAUGCUUCAGCAAUCUACUAUUUCAAGCAACAUAUUAUUCUGAAUGCGGAAAUACUGAAUUUACCUUCUGCAACACUAGAAAACGCUUCAACUUUAAAUAAAAUAUUGAAAUUUCAGUGCGAGUCUGAGAGAUUGUACGGAGCACAAAGUAAGGAUGUCUUGGACUACGAAACGAUUUCUGAAGGAUGUUUGAAAUCAAAAUACAAUGCUAUUAGAACUGUCAUAACUUAAAAUCCAUAUUGAGCAACUUAAUUUGCAUGCUUUUGCACAGUCCGGAUUUAACUUAGAUUCUUAAAUCUCUGUCUACACGAUUUUACGUAAUCUAGUUUUUUAUUUAAAAUUAGUACUAUUUUAUAUUAUUUUAAAUUAUCUAAUUCAGAACCGUUUUUUUGUUUGAGCGAGCCGAUCAAAAUUUUUAAAAGUUUUAUUUGUCGAAUGUAAAAUCACUUUAAAGAAUCGGGUCAUUUAUCUCCACCAAACACCGACAGUUCGAUCGUUUUAUAUUUUUAACUUUUACCGAAAUUUCUCUUGAGCCACUUAAUCCCCUUAAGCUCUUGGUACGCAAACCUAAACUAAACCUUUCGACUGGUGUACCUUCACAGCAGAUUUCCAAUAUACGGCUAUAUAUAUUAGUCGCAUUUACCCACACCCAGUGCGCUUCGUCCGUACGUCUACUGCCAUCCACAGUGAAAAGAAUUCCAAAAAGAGUAGGUAAAAACUUAUAUUUUUAAAGGACAAAAAUUCAAAAGUCUCCUUAUCGAACGCUGCAAAAGUUGACCGAAAAAAUCUUAGAAAUAAAUUUUAAUCAUUUUAAAAACAUUACAAGUACUAUUUAAAACAAAAAAAAAUGUCUUAUGGUGGUGUUGGGUCUUAAAUUUUUUUCUUCAAUGAGUAUUAGUCCUUUGAUGAUUAUUAAGUCUAAAUUUCAGGUUAAUCAAACCCCACCCCGCAUUGCUCCGAUCGGGAUGAUUC